AAAAUGAAUUUAUAUACCUGGGGCCUAGGUACAUAAAGUGGUUUUCUUUUCUUUUCCUGCCAUUUGGUUAUAUACUUUAUAUAAUCUCUAUUUCUAGUGUAUCGCUCCCCGCGUCUUUUCAAAGGCUAUUUCCUAGUCACAAGGUCUCUUUCACACCGCUCGUCGCUUUCAUUGGAGCUGCAGCCCUUUAUCAAUGUCUAUCAGCACAUAGGUAAUCACCGAGGUGCCAUUCAAGACUCGACUAACUAGCUACUUAUUUAUGUACCGUGACUUUGUCAGUCACCCGUAUAUUGUCUGGCUUAAGAGUGACUUACGUAAGAAAAACGCGGAUGUUCUAGCCGAACGCACUUAGGAAAACACGAGAAGGAUGGAGGAAGCAGAAAAACAGACGCCCAAGAGCAUGUGGAAUGCAUUCUUCCAGAAGAAAGCUGGGGUUGUUCGCGAGCAUCGUGACGAUGGGAAGUUGAAGUGGAAUAUGGGAAUGUUGAAUGAUAGAGAGACCAUAGAAGUACCAGGAUCUGUCCUCCUCCUUGCGCAGGGCCGAAAUGAGCCACUUGGUCUUCGGAAUGCUCCGGCCAGGACGUCUCAUUCUUCUCUCCCGACUGGGUUACCUCACCCUCACCCCCAGGAUACACCAUCAGAGCCAAUAGCGGAGCCAAUAGAUAGGGAGCAUGAUGAAAAGAAAAAGACCAAAGAUGGGCAGAUAAUUCUCGAGCCUCAGCCGGACGAUUCACACAACGAUCCGUUGAACUGGCCGGCUUGGCGCCGUGAUAUUGCUUUACUAUCUUUAGGUCUUUAUUGUGCAGUAGGCGGUGGAAUCACGCCCAUCAUCGCGGCGGGCUUCACUGACGUUGCAAAUGAUUACCAUAUUGACGUUUCCAAGGUUUCGCUUACAACAGGCUUGUACAUGAUGGGCCUCGGCAUUGGCAGCGUCAUCUUCUCGCCUACCGCAAUCCUAUACGGUAAACGUCCGGUCUACCUUUACAGUGUGAUCCUCUUUAUUCUAUCGGCAGUAUGGUGUGCUUUGUCACCCAACUUCACGUCGCUGAUACUAGCCCGCAUCUUCCAAGGAAUUGCUGUAAGUCCCGUCGAAUGUCUUCCAUCCGCUACUAUCGCCGAGAUUUUCUUCUUGCACGAGAGAGCGUAUCGUAUCGGCGUAUAUACUUUAUUGUUGCUCGGUGGAAAGAACUUGGUUCCACUCCUAAGUGCUGCUAUAAUUGAACGACUAGAGUGGCGUUGGGUAUUCUGGAUUGUUGCCAUUGUGGUCGGCUUUUGCGGAACCCUCUUGUUCUUUUUCGUCCCUGAGACAUUCUGGGAUAGAUCCCCAAUACCGAGAUCACGGCGGCCAAAGCGACCCAGCCUCUUUAGUAGGAGGUCUUCAGCUCGGCAAGUCUCCCAGUCUCAUCUCAAGGAGGGCGCCAUCAUCAAUCGAGAGAAGUCGACGAUAAAUACAGGCGAAGGAAAUUAUGCGGAGAGCCACCACGAACCUACCGCAUCACUGCAGCCGCGAAAUAAAGGUGUCCACGUUGGAUUCGCGCCCGGUCCUAGCGGGGAUUUAGCCCCUAGUGCAGAACACGUUCACGAUACCCCGAUCAUUCCCUCAGCGGAGAAGGAGCCUGCGACCCAACCGAGUAUCGGGGACGAGUCUGGAACUGCUAAGGAACCGUCUUCUACUAGACCUAUGAUGAAAGCCGACGCCAUUGCUCGUAUACCCCGUCCAAACGUAAGCCGCUCGCAGUCAAACAGCAGCGCGUGGUCCCGGGCAAACUUGGGAGGCCCAGGCCGCCUUACCCCCCAAACACCACAAUUGCACAUGCCCAAUUCGCCGCCUUACGAGCACCCCUCUGGCGAUUAUUUCCGGGCAAGGGAGGGACAUACGCAUAGUGUCGCUCACGGGGCAGUCCAUUCCGAUACGGAGAGUGAGAAGAUGUCAUUCUCAAACUUGGCAACGAUAACCAGAGGACAAGCUUACACACACGCCCUGCGAAAUGCCCCGCCAAAAUCAUUCGCUCAACAGCUGAAGGUUCAUCAUGGUCGACUUAACCAAGAUAGAUGGUGGAAGGCAGCCAUUCGUCCUUUUAUCCUCUUCUCCUACCCGUCGGUGCUCUGGUCGGCCGCGGUGUACGCAUGCUCGAUUGGUUGGCUGAUUGUCAUCUCGGAAUCGGUAGCCGUCAUAUACCGGGAAGGCAGAUACCAGUUCAAUGCCCUGCAAACAGGUCUUGUCUACAUAUCACCCUUCAUUGGUGGUGUUUUAGGUACAGCGGUUGCUGGCAAAGUAAGCGACGUUAUCGUUAGAGCAAUGGCACGUCGGAAUGGCGGCCUCUACGAACCCGAAUUCCGGCUCGUGAUGGCAAUUCCGGUGGCCGUGACGACGGUUAUCGGACUUAUGGGGUUCGGGUGGUCAGCUGAUGUAGAUGAUCCGUGGAUUGCCCCUACGGUUUUCUUCGGAGUCGUGUCGUUUGGCUGCGCACUGGGCUCUACGACAUCUAUCACGUUUUGCGUCGAUAGCUAUAGACAGUAUGCCGGAGAAGCUUUGGUGACGCUGAAUUUUAGCAAGAACAUAUUUCACGGGCUCGUGUUCAGUAUAUUUGUUACGGAAUGGCUUACGGAUGACGGUUCCAAGAUGGUUUUUCUUUGGCUCGGGAUUAUCCAGCUGAUCCUUCUCUUGUUCACGAUACCCAUGUACAUUUUCGGAAAGAGGGCUAGGAUGUGGACCGUACGAAAGAAUUUCAUGGAGAAAUUCUAGAUUAUGUAUUUUAUGAUGGAAGUCUUUCAUGUAAACGUUUGGCAUCGGUUUCUUCUCGGGGUUAAUUCAUAUACGCGUAUUUCUAUAUACCGUAGGUAUUGAAUAAGUUCAUUUACAUGCAUAUGACGUAUG